AUGGCAGCCAGGCCAAGGGAAGGCGAUGCUUCGAGUACAAGCCAAUCAUAUGGACCGCAAUUUCCAAUAAAAAAUUUAGACAGAAUAAAUAAAAUUGACAGUGUAGAAACUGUGGAAACCAAACCGAACACUAACCAGCCAACAACAGCAUCAUUAUGUAUUCAAUUAUUCACUCUAAUAAUACUUGGGUUAAUGACAUGGGGUCUGGUCUGGAGCCAGUGGGGCGACGGCUGGGGGUGGGGCGGGAAGUGGUUCCGGAUUGGCCUCGUGGCAGCGGUAGCCUGGGGCAGUGGGCAAGCCCUUCAAGCCCUUACAACUAUGCCUGGGAUGUUGGCUGCCCUGUUAACUGGCAUCCUUGCUCAAAAUAUCGGUUUUCUUGAUAUGCGCGAUUACAUUGAAAUAGAUGGAUUUUUAAGGAAAAUAUAUCCAGUAGUGGUUCUUGGGAAAGGUUCACUGGGAUGGAAUGUGGACUACAUGCGCAGCAACUGGCAACGGGUGGCCACGCUCGGCGGCGGUCCGUGGCUCGUGGAGGUGGUGGCGGUGGCGACGUGUUCGCACUUCCUGCUAAACUUUCCGUGGAUUUGGGGUUUCCUACUUGGUUCAGUAUACUGCUCGUUGUCGUGGGCGGUGGUGAUGCCCGGCGUCGCGAGUCUAAGCGCCGCCAGCGGCUCCGCUCGCAACUGGGCGCAGCUGGUGAGCACCGCGGGCGGCACCGACACCGCGCUCAGCGUCGGCGUCUACGGACUCAUCUUCAGCUUUAUAUUCACGGAAGAAACCGAAUUGUAUAAAUAUAUCAAGGCUGGAUCGACUCUGUUCGUGGGCGUGAUACUGGGGGUCGCGUGGGGCAUCCUGGCAGGGCUAGCACCACACUCGCGGGACUAUUACGUCGUGGAGCUCCGGGUUCUGUUUGUGGUGGUCGGUGGACUCUUCGCCAACUUUAUCCUCGUGCGCUUAGGAUGGGCUGGAACCGCUGGAGUCGCUGUGUUAGCCUGCAACGCAACAGCCGCGAUGUUCUGGGCGCGAGACGGGUGGAAACUCAACAACAACUCCGCGUCUACAGCUUACCGGGUGUUUUGGGCUGCCUGUGAGCCUGCUGUGUUUGCUUAUACGGGCACUUUCUUUGUGAUUGACAAUCAUCUGUGGGAUGUUAUGUUAAUUGGGUUAGCAAUUCUACUGAUCUGUUUGACUGUGAGACUAACGACGGCAGCGCUCGUCUGCUGGGACAUGACCCUCAAGGAAAGACUCUUCGUUUGCUGCACCUGGGUACCCAAAUCCAUAGUCGAGGCUGUUUUGGCGCCAACGGCUCUAACGGCGGUCAUCUCCCGGGGGCCCCACCAGAAUUACGAAAACGAUUUGGCGUGCGCAGUCAACAUACUGCGACUCCUGGUUCAAGCCAUAAUCAUCACCACCCCCAUAGGAUACCUACUUACUAAUCAUUUAGGACCAAAAUUACUUAAAGUACCAAAGAAAUCCUGUGACGAUAAAAACUUAGCAUAAUCCUAAAGACAAUCUACUCUUUAUAUCUAAUAUUAUAUAGGUUGUAUUUCUGUUCUCGAGAUGUACAGAACAUUGACUUUACUCUAACAGUACCGGCCAAUAAUAUAUCACCUCCAUGUUUUUACGGUAUAACUUUAUUUAUUUAUUUAUGAGAGACUUCCACCUCACUGUUUUGGAAAAUUAGCCUCGUGUAAUGGUUUUUUUCAUAGAGGUUUUUUUUAAUGUAUGUGUUAAUUUCAUUAUUUUACUAGAGGUUUUUUAGUAAUAUGCUGGGUACAUAUCCUAUUGUAAUUCACAGUAUUUCAUUGCAAUAUUCAUUUUAUAUUUGUAUAAAAUGACUAGUAAAUGAGCAAUCUACAAACUAACCUAUAUUGUUUACUCUAUACAAGCUCAUACAAAAACACUCAAAGGUGAUAUAUUAUUGGCCGGUACGUAUAUCGUUUUGGGUUGUUUUACAGAUACGUGAAUUCGAAGUAAUCGAAUUGACAUUUUAAUUUAAAUACAAGGGUAUAGGUACAUAAAACUUAC